AGUCGAAUGGGGGGCGGGGAGGGGUUUUCACGCACAGCACGCACUCACGGAGCAGAUAUUCGUCCGAUUGGCGGCUGCCCUCUGGGCCACCAGUCGGCAAGCAGAGUCCUACUCGUCGACCGUCAGCAAGAUGGCCGCCGUGCACGGUGGUAGUGUCGCUAUUGUGUAGUGUGUUUUAAGCUUUUGGCAGCUUCUGCGUGCGCGGCCCUACGUUGCGGCGGCUGCCCUACUGCCGCGCGCGGGGCGGGGGGGUACCGCCGGUCCUCGCGCACCCUCGCAGUCGAGGGAGUACGCGAAGUCGCCGAUCGAGUGCUGCGGAGCUGCGAGAGGAACAGGCGGCGGAGGAGGAGGUGGAGGAGGAGGAGGAGGAGGAGGACGACGAAGAAGAAGAAGAAGAAGAGGAGGCGGAGGACGACGACGGCAACAGACACGGAGACGAGGACGUCCGCCGAGCGCCGCCGACAGAAAGAUGCCGAGCGCGUCGUUCACGUCGUCGCGCAGCUACGUGCGGAGAUCGCGGCGGAAAGGCGCAAACAGGAUUCCUCUGCCAUCGAGAACCACUUCGGCCGAACCAUGCGACCUGCCGUGUCCAUCGCCAAACCCACAGAUGCUACCUGGGGGUGGAGUUGGCAGUGGCGGGGGUGCAGGAGGCGGAGGAAAUGGCGGAAGAGGCUCGUCUCCUAGUGUAUCCGGUGUGGCUGCACCAUCACCCUCUCCGUCUCAUUCGCACUCGUCGCCUUACGAUUUGAGACGCAAGAGCCCACCUCAUCCGGACCCAGCGCCCGGCACCAGUUCUGCCCUACCACCAUCGGGUGGUAGCAGUAUCGUCGCAACCCUCGGUUGCUCGUCCCUACCUGCGAGAAAACGACCGAGACGGACGUGCUCGUUAUCCACAGAAGGUAUCAAUACAAACACAGCGGCGCACUACCUUCAGUACGAGCUACCGGACGAGGUGUUGCUCACAAUAUUCAAUUAUCUUAUGGAACAAGACCUGUGCAGAGUGUCGCAGGUCUGCAAGCGUUUCCAAACAAUCGCGAACGACACGGAGCUUUGGAAGUCACUCUACCAGCAGGUCUACGAGUACGACUUACCUCUGUUCAAUCCCGCGCCGUGCAAAUUCGAGUUCGUCUCGCCGGACGAGUCCGACUACCCCAACCCGUGGAAGGAGAGCUUCAGGCAGCUGUACAGGGGUGUUCACGUGAGGCCCGGCUUCCAGGAUUUGAAGUUCAAGGGACGUAAUCUUCCGCACUUCAACACGAUUCAGGGCGCGCUGGACUAUGUCGACGAGUAUAGGAACAACAGCGGCGCCACGGCCGGCGGCACCAAUACGACCGCCGGCGGGCAAGGUUGUUGCAGCAGCAACAGCGGCAGCAGCAACAACAAUUCGCAGGCGAUCGAAGAAGGGCCUCAGCAUUUGGUGUUUUUGCAUGCCGGUACAUACAGAGGUGAAUUCCUCGUUAUAGACAAUGAUGUGGCGUUGAUAGGCGCCGCGCCCGGUAACGUCGCCGAGUCUGUCAUACUGGAGCGUGAGAGCGAGUCGACCGUCAUGUUUGUGGAGGGCGCGAAACGCGCCUACGCUGGUCACCUCACGUUGAAAUUCACCCCCGACGUCACCAGUACUGUGCCGCAUCAUAAGCACUAUUGCUUGGAAGUUGGCGAGAAUUGCAGCCCCACCGUCGAUCAUUGCAUCAUCAGAAGCUCGAGCGUCGUCGGUGCAGCGGUCUGCGUCUCGGGCGUGGGAGCCAAUCCGGUGGUGAAGAACUGCGACAUAUCGGACUGUGAGAACGUGGGUCUAUAUGUGACUGAUUACGCUCAAGGCACUUACGAGGACAACGAAAUCUCGCGGAACGCGUUGGCCGGUAUCUGGGUGAAGAACUACGCGAACCCAAUAAUGCGGCGGAAUCACAUCCACCACGGUCGCGACGUAGGCAUAUUCACAUUCGACAAUGGUCUUGGUUAUUUCGAAGCGAACGACAUACACAACAACCGGAUAGCGGGGUUCGAAGUGAAGGCCGGCGCUAACCCGACCGUCGUGCAUUGCGAGAUACAUCACGGCCAGACGGGAGGCAUUUAUGUCCACGAGAACGGUCUGGGCCAAUUUAUCGAUAACAAAAUCCACUCCAAUAAUUUUGCUGGUGUGUGGAUCACCUCGAACUCGAACCCCACCAUACGACGGAACGAGAUCUACAACGGCCAUCAAGGCGGUGUGUACAUAUUCGGCGAGGGUAGGGGCCUGAUCGAGCACAAUAACAUCUACGGCAACGCCCUGGCCGGCAUACAGAUCAGGACGAACUCGGACCCCAUCGUCAGACACAACAAGAUACACCACGGCCAGCACGGCGGUAUUUACGUGCACGAGAAAGGCCAGGGUUUGAUCGAGGAGAACGAGGUCUACGCAAACACCUUGGCGGGAGUCUGGAUAACGACCGGUUCGACGCCGGUGCUCAGGAGAAAUCGCAUCCACAGUGGCAAGCAGGUCGGCGUGUAUUUUUACGACAACGGCCACGGAAAGUUGGAGGACAAUGAUAUUUUCAAUCAUUUAUAUUCAGGAGUACAAAUAAGGACUGGCAGUAACCCGGUAAUACGUGGAAACAAGAUAUGGGGUGGGCAGAACGGCGGUGUUCUUGUGUAUAAUAGUGGCUUAGGAUUACUCGAACAAAAUGAGAUUUUUGAUAACGCGAUGGCUGGCGUCUGGAUUAAGACGGACAGCAACCCUACUCUCAAGAGGAAUAAGAUAUUUGACGGUCGAGACGGCGGAAUCUGUAUAUUUAACGGUGGCAAAGGUAUCCUGGAGGAGAACGACAUAUUUCGCAAUGCACAAGCAGGUGUGCUCAUUUCGACGCAAUCUCAUCCCGUGUUGAGGAGGAACCGGAUUUUCGACGGAUUGGCAGCUGGAGUUGAAAUAACCAAUAACGCCACCGCUACGCUGGAAAGCAAUCAAAUAUUCAAUAAUCGAUUCGGUGGUUUGUGUUUGGCGAGCGGAGUGCAACCGACGACUAGAGACAAUAAAAUAUAUGACAACCAAGACGCAGUGGAGAAGGCGGUUGGGAACGGCCAAUGUCUGUAUAAAAUCUCCUCGUACACGUCGUUUCCCAUGCACGACUUUUACCGCUGUCAAACGUGCAACACGACGGAUCGCAAUGCAAUAUGUGUUAAUUGUAUAAGAACUUGUCAUGCUGGCCACGACGUAGAAUUCAUCAGACACGAUCGAUUCUUUUGCGAUUGUGGCGCCGGAACGUUGAGCAAUCAGUGUCAGCUACAGGGUGAGCCUACUCAAGACACGGAUACAUUAUACGACAGUGCAGCGCCCAUGGAAUCGCACACACUUAUGGUCAACUAGGAACUAACCUAAUAUAAUUUAAACAAUCAAACAGCGUUAGAACUGUAAGUCCAUUAUAUCGCGAGCACGCAGUGACCCAUUGCCGAGUUCUUUAUUGCGAUUUUCGAUUUGCUUUAUACACGUCAAACGCGAUUGUUACUAUUUGAAAAAAAUUUGUUAAUAUUGUUGAUAUUAUUUAAUGUCCACUUAUCGGGAUUGUCGUAUCUGUCCCUUUCUAUCAGCUUUAUCAUCGUUUAGUGUUAAGCGAAAAGACGUCCGCGAAUAACGGAUAACGAUUCCGAUUAUGCAUUCGUAGACGAAUUUGUAUACAUAACAAUGAAAUACAAGAUAAUCUAGUGAAGGACGGUCGAGGAAUUUAAAAGCAUAUGAUAUUUCAAAUAUUUAAUCAACAUGGGCCAAACUCAAUUAUGGGUUGAUAAAAAUUAUAAGCAAUUUAUUUUGCUGAUGCUUUUUUCUUUCUUAUAAAAGUGUUGGGGUAACAUAUUGUUUAAAAAUGGGUCCUUUGCCGGAUAUUUUGUUUUAUUUUCUGACAUUCUGAUAUGACAUUCUGGAUACAGGAAAUAUCUCGUGUCCAUUUUUCCGUGAUUUCACUUCGAUACUUUUAUACACAAAAUGUUUAUACAAAUUAUUUUGUGCACAAAGGAAGAUAAAAAAUAUUGCUGAACGAAUAAUCUGUAUAAGGUUAGUUUUUUGAUCCCAUGUUGGUUAAUAAUUUAUUAUUUAUUUUUGCAAUUGUGUUAUAUGCCUUUUUAAAUACCUCAAUUUAAAAAAAAGUUAUCUUGUAGACUACGGUUCUUUCUAUGGAAGUAUACAUUUAAUUACGUUGAUUUAUAUAAGAUAACAUAUAAUAUAUAUUUCUCGUUUUAUUACUUAAAAACGUUACAGGAAAAUAUACAACCUGUUGAUAAAUUUAAUAUAUUUACAAAUGCAUAUUCACGGUCGUAUAUUUGUUAUUUGUGAGUACGUUUUGCAAUACCGUAUUAGUAAUUUACUUUUGUUUUUUCUCCACUCUUUUCUAUCUUUUCUUAAAUUAAUUCUUUAAUUCUAUGAAAGAGUGUUUGAAAUUCCCUCCCCCUAUAAAGGAUCUUUUCUCAUCACAGCAGUAAAAAAUAAUUUAUGUUCAAAAAUAAAUUGUCAAUUGAUAUAUUUAUUUACUUUUUCUUGCGCUAUCUCUAUGAACAAAUAUCCUUUUUAUAAGUAAAUUAUUUGGCUAUAUCGGCUAAUUUAUAUACAACUUUAUUUUGUGUAUUAAUAGAUUGAAUAUAUAUAUAUUUUUUUUUCUAUAAUUUAAAAUUACGAAACCAUUGGCUUGAUGCUUUUUGUGUGUUAUAAAUUUUAUUAUAAAUGUUAUUAGCUCUACAAUGAGUUUUUGUUAGAGAUUAUUAGAAAGGAAGAUUGUUUCUUUGACGCGCGCCAAGAUAAAUAAAGAACUCAGCAAUCGAAACGCCAAGAAACGGUAGUAAUAAAAUAACGAAGAAGGCCCUCGUAUAAUUAUAUGACACGAUAUAAUAUUAGGUAUAUCAAAUUAAUUUAAAUGUGUAAACGACGCAAACGCUAGACUAAUCGUAAAUCGAACUUUUCACGUGGCUCUUUUUAUCGAAGUUCUGUCUCAAAAUCGAAAAUCUGCGUAUUACGAGAAAAGUGCAGUGCUGAACUGUGUAAAAACGAGAAGAACGGAGAAACAUGUGUAUACGCCAUAAUAAGGACACUCAACGUAUCUCGUUAUCGAGAUGCUCUAAUGAACUGCUUAAAACUCUAACGAAAGCCGCGGUAAACAUAGUUAAAGCAAAUAUAAGUUCAAGAAUAAAUAACAGUGUGUCUGGAAUGUAAAUUGUGUAUAUCGAACAAGCAGCGGUAAGCAUCUCGUUGAUUGUAUUACCUACUUAUUCGAGCAGAAGCAUCAACACCAUAAAAGCGUAAAGUAUAUAAAUAAAGUUUGCACUCAGCAGUUAAUAAGCGGAGACUAAUAAUUAUGCCAGUGUAUAAAAAGAAAGAAAGAGAGAGAGAGAGAGAAAGAGAGAUACAAGUAGUGCGUGUUGAGUGUCACGCUCGUCCGGAAAUGUGAAACUUAAAAACGUUUAAACCAUUAUGAAAAAUUAACAAAUGAAAAGGACCAUAAACCAAAACACGUCACGGAACGUCACGAUCGUUAACACGCUAAAACGAAAGAAAGAAAAACAAGUGCGACUUUGACGAUGAUGAACUUGUCACAAAUCUGUGCGGUACAAAUCUCGAGGAGGUAAACGAGAGGUGAGGAAGAGUUAAACGAAGCGGGGAAAACUAACUUGAAGAUCUAUUGUAAGACAUACCGAAACAAAUGUCUAAAAUAUGUGAUAAUAUAAAACUCACAGGUGGAAUAAUCAAAAUGAGAAUAAACGUCUAUAACGCUCUGCUAAUUUUUUUUAUGUAAAUGUACCUCAUAGUUAACGCGUAACGGUUCCAUUAUUCGCGUGGUGAAUUGUGACGGUCCUAAGUUGCCUCACGGGCGAAGUGCGUAAUAAGGAUGGGAGAAUAAAUGUUCAAAGUUAAAUAAUUCAAACCAAGAUGGGGACGAGAGGAAGAAAAGUAGUGCGUGCACUUCCGCUGUACGACAGUGUAUACCAGUGAAAUAAAAACAACAAGAGGAGGGGAAACAAAGGAGAUUAAUAAUUAUUCGAAAAUAGAGAUGUACUGUCCGAGGAACAGUUUUUAAAAAAAGAAGUAAUCUCGACUUUUUCAAGAUAAUCCGAUUUUUUUAAUUAUUACGUUAAAUGUGCUAAAAUCUUAGUCUAAUCGAGUUAUCGUAAUUGUAAUUUUUCCGGGAGCGGCGUGCGCGCCCCCGUGCGAAACAAGGAAGCGCCUAUUAGCGAUAAUUUUAGACCCGAAUCCGCUUUAUUUACGCGAGUGAUUCUAUGCAUAUAAUAGAUAAGUAGAAAAAGAAAGGAAACGAACUGUCGUUCAUCGGACUUCAUUACUGUGAAUUUUGUUCGACAGACAUAAUUUUACGACGUAAUUCGUUAUUGUACGUACUAUGUAGUUCUUUUAUAUGUCACAUCCGGCGAAACGGCGCGUAUGAAAAUUGCCUUUGUGCUUACCGACCCGCGAGAAUUACGUAGUAUUACGUGUCACGAUGUCGUAUUAUACACAGCGUAAUCAGAGCUGUUGCACGUAUGAUGUCCGACAAAUGUGCGAACCGAGUGCAAGAAGAUAAACGUUUAAAAUCGAGACAAAGGCACUUCUCAUGCGCUUCACGUUAAACCUAAAUGUAAAAGGUAUUGAAUAUCUGAAUUCUCGAGUGAUACACGGUACGAUCUGUUGUUUUGUUUAACGUUCUUUCAUGGAUAUUUUUUUGUCGUAUAUUCAAAGCGGAGAAUAUUGCGGAAGAAUGUAGCGGUGCGACGCGUAACAAGACACACAUAUACACAUAUAUGCAUACACAUGCUGCGACACACCGACACCGACUGCGUUAGAGAUAGGAUCGAGUACACUCAGUAUUAUCAAUAUCUUCAAUAUUAUCUGUAGCAUGUUCUCGAAUUUUUCAUGAAUACUUGGAAGUAUCUGAAGAUGAAAAGUACAUGUAGUGUUUACCUUACAAACGUAACUACAACAAUGCAUGUAUUGUUACAAGUGAAUGUGUAUAUGUAUAUAAAUUUUUACUUACUAUAAUGCACGUGUUGAUGCUGUUAUGUUUGUAAGUAAAAGAAAAUAUUGGCUCGAAUGUACUUUGAGAAGUUUCAGUUACAUUUUGUAUCGGUAUAGUUCGGUAUUACCGCAUCCAUAUCAGAUCGAUUUUUAAUCGUAGCAAGUGCUUUACGAAAUGAGUCCACGAUGUUUAAUAAUGCUGAUUCGAUUUCAGUGAAACAACAGCCGGUUCUCAUCGAAUCAGUCGAAGCACAUGAAUACAAGUUGAACUCAAUCCUAUUCCUAAACUACGUUCUCAAGCGCUUCUUGUCGUUCUUGUAUCUUUUUUUUCACGUUGAGCGUGAAAUCGAAAUUAUCGAUCAAAGUUACGUCGUUCUCUAUCAAUAUAUUUGUAAUUAUCGAAAUUUAUUUGUCGACCUGUUCGGAUAGUAUAAAUUAUCGAUCGAAUUUGAUCAUUGGA